AUGUAUUCAUGCCUAUACAGCAGUACCAAGGCCAUAAUCAAGGCCGUAGACAAAGCCAAGAUCAACAACAUGCGCUGGCAGAGCCAUUUCACACAUGUCGCCCAGGGGCAUGCGAACCCCUUGCCAAACCAUCAAAACUCUGCGCAGAGAGAUAACGAUCAAUCCACCCAGCCCAGGUCUGCUAAUCGCACCGAGCAUGGCGACCUUCAAACACUAUCGGGAAUUACAAGCACAGCUAAUCGCCGAUCUAUAUCCAACACACCUAUAUUUCUUCCUCCAGGAGCUGCCGCUAGGGAGUCACCAGAGUCCUCCUCUACAUCAGAAGAAAUAUUUCAGCAGUUUUCGCCAGUCUCCACGACAGAUGGCGUCAAUACGCCUUCUGACCUGCACCGUGUUUCUGUGAAAUCUCUCCUAUCUCACUCCAUCCCACCUGGCCCUGGUCCGGACGAUGUAAGGAACUACGGACUAGACUGCGGCCAACCCGAUUUAGAUAUGCAUAGAGAUGUCGAAUUUCUAGCCAGCCUACACGAUACAUCAUCUCUGGGGAACGCCUAUAGCAGCCGUAUCGCACCUUACUCCGCGCGUGCUAGCGAUACUGGUACUCCAUCCUCUUCGCCAGAGGAUAUCACGAUUGAUACUCGCCGGAGUGUGACCACUGUCUUCUCAAAGGGAGUGGCCAUCGAGGACGAGAAUAUUUUAAACCUACUGCUAGCGUAUUCUGCAAGCCACCGGGCGCGGCUCUUAGGCCAUGCAGAGCCUUACACACGUAUCGCUCACUGGACUAGUGGCGUGUUCCCGUCGCUUCGCCAUGCUCUAAGCGACCCAAGCAAGAAGACAUCUGCGGCAACUCUUGCGACAGCAAUUAUGUUAGUAUCCCUUAAAGUAAUAUCGCCGACCACGUUUGAGGUUCCUAUCCGAUGGGAAAGCCAUCUAAUGACGGCACGCGAGAUAUUUCUUGCGCGCCAAAAGGCAGAUCUUGAUAAUUUCACCGGGCCUGUCAACUCCUUUCUCCACCGUUGGCUUGGUUACCUGGAUAUCUUCGGUAGCCUUUCGUCCAGACGAACGGAACCGCCUUUAUUCGAUGGUGCGUAUUGGUCUCUCGAAAAUUCCGGGGAAGAAGGCCAAAGCUCGGUUGUCGACAAGGAGUUCGAAAUCGACUGCUUCACGGGCUUUACCCCCCGGUGCUGCUCGUUUCUGGCACGACUAGGUGAGUUGACACAUCAGUGCGAUAAUGUACGCGUAGACCCGGCGGGACGACUGUUUACAAGCUGGAACCCGCCCGCAACCGUCAUCGGCAGAGCAGAGCAGCUACUGCAUGACAUGCAGGAAGCAAGUCCUGACCGCACACCGGGACGCAGAACCCACCAUCAGAAACCGGUAGAGCCGAAUAUGGCUGCAGUGGACGAGGCGUAUCGACUUGCUGGCAUGAUCCACCUUCAUAGAAGGGUGUUUGGACGCGAGACCUCGGAUCCGGUUGUCAGAGAUCUAGUGGAUGCUCUAGUUGAUGCGCUUAACCAGGUCUCUCGUGGCGGGCAGGAGGAGGUAUGUGUUUUAUUCCCGCUGUUCACCGCGGGAUGUGAGAGCCAGAAUGCGAGCCAGCGACAGCAGGCCAGCAAGAGGGUGCAGGGCUUCGAGAGCGUCGGCAUGAAGCAGAUACGAAGGGCAAGAAAGCUCAUGCAGCGGUCCUGGCAGGAAGGACUGCCGUGGAAUGUGCUUGCUGACGGCGAGUUUCUAGGGUGA